GCAGAUCGAAGAUUUGUGUUGCCAGCAGUCGAGAAGAAUGGUCGGGCUCUUGCUUUCAUCUCCGAGGAGCUGAGAGGUGAUGAGGAGCUGGUCUUGGCCGCACUGUCGACGGAUCCCGGCGCCCUCCUGCAAGCUCCGUCGUCUCUACGCUCGCAAAGGCAGUUCGUCUGCCGGGCUGUUCGACAAGCUGGUAUGUCGCUGGAGCACGUGGGCAGCGAACGGAAUGACGAAGAGGUGGUGAAGGAAGCCUUGAGCCAGGAUGCAUCCGCUUUUCAAUUCACUGGUGAACAGCUCCGAAACAGCAGCGGUUUCCUAUGGGACGUGUUGCUUCGAUUUGGUUUGUCCGAAGACUUUGCCUCUGAGCCGGAGUGCGACAUCCAGGAGCUGUUGCACAAGGUGCAGAUACUGGAAGGUGCGGAAGCCAUGGCCAAGUCGGAUCGUGACGUAGUCGUGAAGCUGAGGCGGAGACGGUAUGCCCUUCUGAAUUCUCUUGCGCGUCCGUCGCCCAGCACAGAGAUGCACAAGGUCCUCCUGGCCGGCGUGUUUUCCUUGGACCGUGCGCUGUGCUCGCUUGAGUGGUUCCCAGAUCUGUGGCACUCCGCCCUCUCGGAGCACAUGCUUCUUCAGCGUAAGUUGGCUGAUGCUGCGGACAAGGUUCUCCUUCUUGAAGGAGUCCGACAGCAAGCCUUGGGCUUGCAUCUUCUGUCAGCAGAAGAGUGCAGCGAUCGUGACAUCGUCUUCGCAGCCUUGGAGCAGAACGGUUCUUCUUUGCGACAUGCUGCUCCAGCUCUGCAAGCCGACAUCGAUGUUGUGUCUGCCGCGCUGCGACGGGAUGGCUUCGCGAUCUUUUUUGCAAAUCCAGGGGUGCAAGACAGGGAGAUCCUCCUGCCGGCUCUGCAGUAUCACGUUGCUCGAGUUAGGCUGUGGCGAUGCCAAGCACAUGCGCUGGACUGUUGGCAGAUCUGCGAGCUCGUCCAACAGUGCCUGGUUCUAGCCCGGAUAAGUCUGGACAAGCUACAGGCAGAUGAAGGCCUUGCUUUGGAGAUCCUGAGAUUGGAGUCUUGCAUGCGAGAGCUGGCGGCGGCGUUUCCUGCACUUCGGGAGCUUCUUGCGGCUGAGCUGGAGGAUUCCCUCUUCCAGCUGCCUCGCCGGGAUGAGCUGAGAUCCAGCAGAUCCUUUGUGGAUUCGGCAGUCAAAGACAAUUUGUUCUGGCUCCAUCAUGCAUCCGUCGAGCUCCAGAGAGAUCGGCGGCUUGUGCUGCGCGCCUUGAAGCACGACCGCUUCUCCUUGCAGCAUGUUCGCGAGCAUCAUCUUGCUGAGUUUGAGAAGCUCCGACGUGAUCCUCGGGUCGUCCGGGAAGCUCUCAGACACAACUCCUGGGUCCUCGGCCUGGCUUCCGAAGAACUGAGGGCAGACAAGCGCCUGGUGCUUUUUGCAGUCGCACAAAGCUUUGCAGCCUUCGAGUUUGCGCACAAAGACCUGCGGUCAAGCAAGCGAUUCGUGCUGUGUGUGGUGCGUGUCGCAGGCUAUGCACUACAGUAUGCAGAUGCAAACCUACGCGCAGAUGGCGACGUCGUCCUAGAAGCUGUGCGGCAGAAUGUGUAUUCGAUGGAGUUUGCAGCAGACGAGCUCAAGUCAGACAGGGCCUUCAUUUUGAAGGCAAUGAGGUUCAACAGCGCAGUGCUGGAGCUUUCGGCAGAGGUAAUCAAAGUUGACAAGGACUUCAUGCUAGAAGCGCUCAAGCUCAGCACGGAAGCGUUGGGACGUGCGGGCAAGACGAUCAAGUCCGACAAGGAGGUGGUGCUGCGUGCUAUCGAGCAGAACACCCUGGCAGCAUAUGAUGCAGCAGGAUCGGCCUUGGACAAGGAUGUUGUGCAGGAGGCCCAUCUACCCGCCAUUCAGCAUCCCAGGUAA